UCGUAACGGCCCCUGUGACAGGGGAAGCGGUUGCUGCGCGGGGUCAGUAUGGCGGCCUGCGGUGUGUGAAGGAGACAGGGCGGAAUCCGCUCCGCUGCGGGAUAACAUGUUAAAAACGCCGUGUUUCAGAGUGGCGGGUCUGGUUGGUGCCAGUGUGAAGCAUCAGAAGCUGUUGGUACCCAGAAGUCACCUGAGUGCAGGUAGCCUUAUCCAGCUCUGCAGGAGUGAUCCAGGACAGUGGGUCACAUUCCAGCACCUGAGCUUCCUGAAGCGCCAGUAUGUAACGAAGAACAUCGGUGCUCUGAGUCAGAGAGCGAAGCCUAGGCAGGAGCCUGUAACCGCAGUGCUGGAUGACCAAGAUGAUUCAGUCAUCCAGAUCCAGCAGUUCCCAGCCAUUAAGCCUGAGUCCGGCGUGGUGGUACCUGGCAGCGAGACCCCCAACCUGCAAGAUGAACCCGAGGCGUGCAGGCAGGCCCGUCUGGAGGCCCGGCAGUGGAAGGAGCUGAGGGUGGAGUAUUCAGAAUUACCAGGAAUUUACUCUCGUCUCUCCAAAAUCAAACUCACAGCUCUUGUAGUCACAACAGCAGCAGCGGGAUACGCCAUGGCUCCAGUUCCCUUUGACCCCGUGACCUUCGUGUUGGCCUCGGUUGGAACGGGACUCUCCUCCUGCAUGGCGAACUCCAUUAACCAGUACUUUGAGGUUCCCUUCGAUUCCAACAUGAACCGUACGAAGAACAGGCCGCUUGUUCGAGGACAAAUAAGCCCCCUCCACGCCGUGUCUUUUGCUCUGGCGUGUGGCGUCCCUGGUGUGACCCUGCUGACCCUGGCUGUUAACCCCCUCACUGGUUUCCUGGGGGCGCUGAAUAUCUUCCUGUACACGUGUUGUUAUACACCACUCAAGCGCCUCAGCAUAACCAACACCUGGGUGGGCUCGGUGGUGGGGGCCAUACCUCCGAUCAUGGGCUGGACAGCUGCCACUGGGAUGCUCGAGCCAGGUGCUUUUCUGAUGGGUGCGUUUCUCUACUGCUGGCAGUUUCCUCACUUUAACGCUCUGAGCUGGAACCUGAGGGAGGAUUACUCUCGUGGCGGCUACCGCAUGAUGUCUGUGACUCACCCGGGACUGUGUAAGCGUGUAGCGCUGCGUCACAGCGUGGGUUUGAUCGGCCUGUCCGCUCUCGCGCCUGUGCUGGACGUCACCAUAUGGACCUUCCCUCUGAUCUCUCUCCCUAUUAACCUGUACAUCAGCUACCUGGCCUUCCGCUUCUACCGCAAGUCUGACCGGCAGAGCGCCCGCAAGCUGUUCUUCUGCAGCCUGUGGCACCUGCCCAUGCUGCUGCUGCUCAUGCUCACCUGCAAGAAGCCCCGCCCAGAACCGGAGAAAGCAGUGAAAACGGUGGAUGCUCCUCUCGCUUUGCAGAGUUAACCACAAACCACGGACAUAAUACACGUAAUAAAUGUUCUUCAUUAUUUACCUGUAGUCUACAGCCAUUAAACACGGGGGUCCUGGACGUAUAGCCCUGUCACGGUCUCCUCCAAGAUCUUAUCACUCAAUUUGAUAUAAAAUUAUGAAGUUAUAAGUUAUGGUGCUAUAUUGGUGUUUUCCUGCUCUUGUCGCACUUUGUACAACUUGUCCAAUGAUUUACGAAUAGUGGACACAAGCAUGAUGGUAAAUAGCAAAGGAACCACCACAAACACCAUAGUGUGCAGGAACAGGACAGGGGUAGUCCAGGAUCAGGAAAAGCUAUGGAAACCACUGCUAUAGAGACAGAUACAGCAUCUCUUUGCUGUAUUUGAGGUUCUGGUAAUGUGUGUUUUUUGUUCAUUUGUAGGCAUUUUAUAAGGAAAGCCAUCAUUGUCAGAAGUCAGUGGUGCAAAAAUAACAGGUGAAAAAAAUUAACCAGCGUCUUUUAUCAUUUUAAGUGUGUAAAUUAACUUCUCGUGAGCGCAAAUGUAAAACUAGCUAGCAAAAAAAGGGAAUUGUGAGCAUGCUGAAAAACAUGUUGCUCUCGAGCUUCAUUUUUCUCCUCUCAGGUGCUUUUUUUAUAUCACUAAACCCGGGCUAACAGCGCUGGAGAGCAGGUUUUUGGAUGUUAGCAUAGCCAGUUAGCUAACUCUCCUUUUGUCCUUUUUCCUCCGCCCCCCUCCCGCUCGUGAAGGUUGGCGGUCCAUCACAAACUCUGGAGAUAUCAGCCAAUAGCGUUCACUGAGGGAGGUGAUCCUGACCCUGCCCACAAACUUUCAAAACCGCCCCUUUCAAAACUCGAGUGCAAAAAAUUGCUGAAAAAAAGAUACUUUGGACCAACCUAAAAAAAAAUGCUGUAAUUUGUUACAGCUAAAUAUAUUCGUUUUUUUCAACUUAUAUUUUAUGAUUUAGUUUUGAUUUAAAAUCAAGUACCGAAAAGUUUAAAACAAAGAUAAAAGUUGAUUUAUAAUAAAUAUCCUUUUUCACCCUUUUUUUUUCACUUUUUUUUUAUCUGGAAGAACUAAUUCUUUUCUGUUACAGCAAUGUAUAAUUUUACCUUUAAAUAGACUAAUUAAAUAAUUUGAACUCUGUUAGUUUAUUUCAUAUUUUUUUCCUUUUCAGCCAAAAUGCAUUAUUUUUUUGCAUUAUAUAUUUACUGUAGCCAAUAGCGUUCGCUGAGGGAGGUGACCCUGGCCCCGCCACCAAACUGUCAAAACCACCCCUUUCAAAACUCGAGCGCGGGAGAAAAAACUUUUUUGGCUCGCUAGUUUCCCAUUUGUGCUCACAAGAAGUUCAUUUACACACUUAAAAUGUUAAAACAUGCUGGUUAUUAUUUGUCACCUGAUAUUUUUUUUCCCACCUCGAAUUUUGACAUUGAUGUGACGCCAUAAGUUUGCUAAAAGAUUGCCGUUGGUUUACAGCAGUACGGUCCUGGUGGACCAACAGCUCUGUUGUGGCCCGACUCCAUGCGGUUCUAGAAUGUUCUGAGAGAAAGAAAGGCAACCGAAACUGAAACAGCAAGCGGAAACACCUGGAUUCAUGGGAAAAUAAAACUCACUCAGGUCAAAUCAAUGCAAUGUAUGUAAAUGUGUUGAAUAUUUAUUAUUUUCCAAAGUUGCGUCGCUGUUCAAUGAAAUCGACAUAAUUUGGUCACACAAACUGUCCCUUAAUAUGUGUAAAAAAAAAAAUAAUUAAAAAGUGUACCAAUAGAAAUGAUGCAAAAUGGCCUGAAAUUAAAGAAAAAAGAAGUUUAAAAUGUUUUUUUCUCUCCUAUAAACUUGUAAAGUUGCUGCUUUUUUUUUAUUUUUUUAUUUUUUUUUGGAGAUUCUUGAUUUUUCAUUGGACAGCAACAAUACCCCCCCUCCCUCAUUGGAUAAAAUUCCAGAUCUGAUUUCACUGUAAAAGAAACUGUUCAGCCGGUGUCAUAACAAAUGUUGUACUCAACUGUUGAGCUGCAUUUGUGGGGAAAAAGUUAACUGUAAUAAUCCAAAGUAAGAAAGUAAGAGAGCACCUGUGGCUUUAUUUCACAAAGCAGGAUUUCUUAUUGCUAGAUAACCCAGAGACCAGUUUAUCUGAGGUGCGUUCCUAUUGGACAGUCCUCAUCUUUAGGCUUAAGUUAUCUGGCUAACUGAGGAACCCUGCUUGUGGAAACACCUCUCUGGCUUGUUGGUUCAUGGAGCCGACUCCACCACGCCUUCUAUGGUUCGUACGCUUUGUCUUGUCAUGGUUUGUCUACAUCUGACCUCAGUAUAUAAAUAAAGCUGUGAGAGACACAAAAGAA